AAGUAAAAGUACUUCACCCUAAAAUGUAAUUCUUGAGCUUGCAAUAUACUCCGGUAUUGCUGUGGUCCCCCCUCCCCAAGUUGCUUUAAAAGACAAAGCACUUCCUUAUUUGCUGCAUGUCAGAAUGGAGACCAUUUCGUAUGUGUGUGCUGUUUUCCUGGUGUAUCUGUGUCAACUGCAAGGGUCCAGUGCUGAGACUCCUGUGUUUGUGCAGAAGGGAAAUGAUGUUCUUCUGAAUGUCGAGAAAGCUGAUGUUGUUCAGGACAUUUUUUCUGUUGUGUGGAAGCUUAAUGAAAAGGAUGUUUUAAUAAGAUUUUCACCUGGUAGAGAACCAAUAGUCCUCUCUAAUUACACUGGAAGAGUUGAGUUUUCUGUCAAUAAUUAUUCUCUGAAAGUGAAGAAUCUACAAGAGACAGACAGUGGAGUUUAUACUGCACGAGUGACAAGGGAUAUAGAGGAACUAACUGAAUACAAUGUCACAGUUCAAGAUGCAGUGUCUCCAGUUAAACUGAAGGUGGACUCUGUGUCCAGAAGCUCAGACUCCUGUAACCUCACUGUGACCUGCAAUACACAGGACUCUCACAUCAACAGCACUAUUAGAUGUGACACCAAAACCUGCAGUCAGGAGGGAGGAGAGCAAUCAGAGGUCACAACAUCUGGUGCUUCUCUCCAUGUCUACCUGGUGAAUCACUCAAUCAUUUGUAACCAUAGCAACCAGGUCAGCUGGACCAAAGACAUUGAAAUGACUGAACAUUUCUGCACUCAACAUGAUGAUGCAGUGUCUCCAGUUGAACUGAAGGUGGACUCUGUGUCCAACAGCUCAGACUCCUGUAACCUCACUGUGACCUGCAGUACACAGGACUCUCACAUCAGCAGCACUUUUAGAUGUGACACCAAAACCUGCAGUCAGGAGGGAGGAGAGCAAUCAAGGGUCACAACAUCUGGGGCUUCUCUCCAUGUCUACCUGGUGGAUGGCUCAAUCAUUUGUAACCAUGGCAACCAGGUCAACUGGACCAAAGACAUUGAAAUGACUGAACAUCUCUGCCCUCAACAUGCUGUUGCUGAACAACCCCACAACAACAUCAUUGCCAUUGUCAUUGUCAUGGUGCCUGUUGCAAUUGUUUUUAUCAUCAUUGUUGCUGCGUUUUUUUAUCUUCGAAAGAGAAGAACAUGUCCAGAUAAACGAGAGAACACCGAAAAUACCAUAUAUGCAGUUCCAGAGAUGGAAACUGUGGCCCAGCCUCCAAAUCCAACUAUUGAUGCUUCAGAUCCUUCUACACUGUACUCCUUGGUGGGAACUCACACUGGACCGACUGAGACUAGAGGCAACACUUUACCAGAGAGCUUGUAUGCUGAGGUAGAAAAUACUGCCAGGUCCUGAAACAGUUCAUCAAGAAGUGUCCACAUACUGCAGUUUCCUGUUUGUAUGCUGGUGACACUGGAUGCACCCACCGUUACACCUUGUACAGUAUGUAUCAUAGUUUACAUACAGAGAGUUGAAAUUUCCACUUAUGUGACCUGUUCUACUUUAAACCGAAUAAGGAAAUGUUACUAAGCAUCACACACAUUCAGAAGUUCCUCUUUAAAUUCAUCAUUAGGUCCUAUAUGAAUUCAAACCUCAUGAAGAGCCGUUUUAGUAUCAAUUAUGGAAGGAAGCCUCAGCUUGGGGACCUGGGGAUCACUGCAGAUCGUUUAAAAGCUUCAGAACAAUUAUAUUAUGUAUAUAUUUGUAUU